AUGAAUCAACAGAUUUUUGAGUCGAACGAAACAUUCGUCGACGGAUCGGGUGAGGAAAGCGAUGGAUCACGAAUAAUUGUCUUUAGAACGCCUCUGAGUAACAAGCCAACUCACUCAAUGUUUACUGCAAAUACAACAGGUAUACUUCACUGCGGCAUUGCUCGAAGACGGAACAUUUCAACUACUAAUGAAACUCUUACCUAA